AUGGAAAACCAGCACAUCCUUCUUCUGGGAGCCACCGGUGCUUCUGGGUUGGCCUUCAUUGACGCCGCCCUCGAGAAAACCCAGAUGCCCAAACUUACGCUGUAUGUUCGCCCAGGCUCGAAAGCCAAGUUGCCGGCAUCGGCGACGAACAAUCCCAAUCCUGCCAUGAGAAUUGUGCAAGGGCAGCUCGACGACGUCCGGGCCCUGCGAGAGGCACUUUCAGGAUCAUCGACGGAUCCGGCCUUCCCGCCCGUAACCACGGUCGUUUCGUUCCUUGGUGCCUACCUUUCGUUCAAGGCCGUCUUCACACGCGACCAGUCUCACCCCAUCGCAGACGCUUUGCAGAGCGCCGUCUUACCCGCAGUGAAGACGUACAACAUCUCCCGCAUAUUGGUCCUCAGCACACCAACGGCUUUCUGCCAUGCCUCGGAGAGCAAGAAUAUGCCGUGGAAAUGGUGGUUCUAUACCUGGCUGCCGAGACUGCUCGCCCCGCAAGGCAAUGCAGAAAUGAAGGGCAUUGCCGAGGCCGUGGUCAAAGCCGGAACUGGAACUGGAUCUGGGGACGGAGACCAGGACCAGGACCACGCGCGCACCAGGCUCGACUGGACCGUGUUCCGCGUGCCGCAUCUGACAGACGGGGAUCCUCAUGCCACGGUGAUUGCAGGUAAUUUAGACCAAGCUUUCGCGGGAAGCACGGAGCUUAGCAGAGGCAGCUUGGUCAGAUGGGUGCUGGAAGAGAUAGAAAAGAAGAGUUGGGUGCGACAGGCACCGCUGUUGGCAAAUCCCUGA